AUGAGCAUGGGAUCGAAAGCCGAAUUCUUACACGACGAGGAGAACAUUGGAGACUAUGCAGACCUUGAUCAUUCACCUUCAAAACGGCAGAGGACACUGCCCCGAGAAGAUGAAUCUGCCUGCACACCAUCCAGCGACGAUGACAUUGGUGGUUACGACAGCCGCUCAGCACACAAACGACGUGCUUUGAGCGAGUCCAUCGAACCAGUUCUCAAGCGACACAGGGGAAUAUUCAACAGCAAUUACUUGGAUCUUCUCAACCGUGACAUUGAAGAUGUCACAAAGUUCUCGCUUGAUGGGGAAGAAAAAGGCCUUCCUCCAUCGCAAAUAGGCCUGACACUCUGGACACCGUAUGAGAAGAAGGUAUUCUUUGAAGCACUCUCAAGACUCGGAAAAGAUAACAUCCGGGGAAUUGCCGACCGCAUACGAACCAAAAGCGAAAUCGAAGUCCGCCAGUACCUUGCCUUGCUUGCGGACGCCAUUGAAAGGAGAAGGCAGGAACCGGAGGAAGGCCUGAAGUCUCUAGAGCUGGCAGAGUACCCCGCAGCCGUCGAGAUGAGCUUGCCAUGCUGCCACGCGCUCGAUGAAGCGGCCGACGCGCUUUCUUUCCGCCAGGAGCGGCACGAGGAGCUCGUCGAGCAGAAGAAGUGGGGCGAGUGCUGGAACAUCAAUCUGGAGCUCGCGAGGCGCAUCGAGGGCGACCACGGCCGAGAGAGAGACACCACCUUUGCGAGUGACCACGGCCUAAAGUUCACCGAGCUCCUCUGCGUCAAGAACUUUGUCCGCCUCCCUGAGCGCAUCUUCAUGAACGCGUCCCAUGCCGAGAACAACUGGCAAUUCGUCAGCGAGGAGCCGCCGACGAUCCGCGCCACCGCUCUGCAGGACUUCCACUCGCUGUUGGUCUCUGUGACGAAGAAGCUCGUGCUCACGACGCUCUUCAUUGCAGGGUCCCGGAUCAGGGGGAAGAGGAAAGUGGAGCCGUCCACAAGGAACCUUGUCAGACGCAAGGAUGUCGAGGCGGCAGUCGCGUCCCUGGGGAUGAAGCAGAACAGCGAUGAGUUCUGGGCGACGUGCGCGCGUCGGCUGCGGCUCGGAGUCUGGGACGACGAGGCCGAGGAGGAUGCCGGGGAAGAAGACGAGAACGAGGAGUCGAUGGCGUACGACCGCGUGGAGAGCAUUCUUCGUUUUGAGUCCAAUGUCCCCAGGGACGGGGCAAUGGAAGAAGGAUCCUCAACGCCGGAGAUCAAGUUUGGGGACCGCGAGUCGUCCGAACCCACAGACGAAGAGGCCUCGGGUGGGGAAGACCCGGGCGACGACGCUGACGUUGCUCCCCUCGACGACGCUGAACGCCAAGUCAUUGAGGAGGCCAAGGAGGUCCUCGUUUAUUCCGCCCAUGACUUCCCCGAGACGCACCGCACGCGGGAGGCCCUGAAGAACAGGAUCCGCAACGAGCGGGCGCAGGAGGCUCAGGCCGAUGCCGAGGAUGCAAAGGCCAGCUACGAGGCCGAGUUGGAGAUGUGGCGGCUUCUGCAACGACAACCCCCCGAUUCUUUCGUGAUGCCACAAAUUCCAGAGCGUGGCUGCAGAGCUGUCGGAAAUGUAGAGGAUUUCUAUGAUACCGGACGGGAGUGGAGGGAGAGGUUGACAUACCACAGCGAGUGGGAGAUGCUUGGAACAUCACAGAUGCAGGACAAGAAGGUCUGA